UGCUUGUCAUCCUUGGACGCGUCCAUUUGGUUGUUUUCCGUGAAGAGCCCAGUGUGAUGCAGUUUUUGUUAGAGAGAGAGAGAGCAGCACGUGAAUCUGAAGAUAUAAUAUAGAAAUCGUUGACGUAUCAAUACAGUUUGUUUCAUCGUUAACUUGAAGGGCAACUCGCUACAGCAAAUGCGUGUAAUUGCAAAAUUUGCAUGUGCGCCAACAAUUGACAAUUAAAGCUGCAGGCAAUUAACAACAACAACAGCAGCAGCAGCGACAACAACAGCAACAGCAAUCAACAAACAGGAUUCGAAAUCGAUUGCAAAGCAAAGGCCGCCACAUUGGAAGGAAAACGGCUUUUUACGGCAGUUAAUAAGUUUUUUAACUGGUUCAACGAUUGCCCGCGAGCUGAGGCAGCUAAUGACGAGAAACGCAACGCUUAGCGGUGAUGAACCCGACGAGGAGCAGAUGACGACAGCGGGCGCAGACGAUGAUGACCAGGAGCAGCAGCAGCAGCAGGGUGAGGAGCAACAGCAGCUGACUGCACAAACAGAGCACAGCACAAGUGAAGCACAGCAACAGUCACAGCAACAACAACAACAAGCAACAACAACACAACGUCGGCAAAGACAACGCAAGAAAGCGACAGCACAACAGCAGCAUCAGCAGCAACAACAACAACGGAGUCAUGCCAACGCAUCCGAUGCAGAUACGGAUUCGAGUUCAUGCGAAGCAGGCGGCACAACUCGCAUCAGCUAUGCGCAACGCAAUCUCGCCGAUCAAGUGGUCUACGAGCAGUACAACGACGACGACGAGGCGGAUGACUACGAUGAGGACGAAGACGAGGAUGAGGACGAGGACUACGAUGACUAUGAGCAGCUGUCCAUGCGACGUGCGCCCGCAAAGGCAGCGCUAAGUGUGCGAGCAGUAAGCGGUGGCGGUGGCGGUGAUGGAGGAGUCCAUUCAACUGGCGACGGCAGCGGAGGCGGCGACACAUUGCGGAGCAAACGCAAAACGAAAACACGUCAAUUCUCGCAGCGUGCCAGCUCCUAUGCCGUCGAUGCUUGUCAUGGUGAGACGGAUACGGAUGCGCUGGACAAGCGUCGUUGCAUCUCCAAGGGUCAAAUGCGUGAAUUUCGCGAGGCAUUUCGUCUGUUUGACAAGGAUGGCGAUGGCUGCAUAACCAAGGAGGAGCUGGGCACCGUGAUGCGUUCGCUGGGGCAAUUUGCACGCGUCGAGGAACUGCAGGAGAUGCUCCAGGAGAUCGAUGUGGAUGGCGAUGGCAACGUUAGCUUUGAGGAGUUCGUGGACAUAUUGUCAAACAUGACGUAUGAGGAUAAAUCUGGACUGUCGUCAGCGGAUCAGGAGGAGCGCGAAUUGCGCGAUGCCUUCCGUGUAUUUGACAAGCACAAUCGUGGUUAUAUCACAGCCUCUGAUUUGCGGGCAGUGCUCCAAUGCCUGGGAGAGGAUCUCGACGAAGAGGACAUUGAGGACAUGAUCAAGGAGGUGGAUGUGGAUGGCGAUGGACGCAUCGACUUCUAUGAGUUUGUCCACGCACUUGGCGAGCCAGAGGAUUCGCAGGAGAACGAUGAUGAGGAGGAGAACACCACAUCGCCGCUGCCGACGCCCAAGUCCACAGUAUCGCUGAGCUACGAUUGAAGCGUGGGGCGUGAACGUUGUUUAUGGCACUUAAGUAUUAUCAAUAAAUUAACGAAAAACUUAACAACAAGCAAAAACACAAAACAAAAACAUUUACAAUUACUUUAUGUGCAUAACGUGGCGCAGCAUCAAAAAGAAAUUUAAAUAAAUACAAAAAAAAAACAAAAACAUAACGAAAUUAAUGCUAAUAACUAAUAAUAAUAAUUCAAUUUGAUGACAACAAUUUACAAUUACAAUUCUUUACUUGUCUCUCUUGAAAUUGAUAUCAAAAGUAAUUCGUAAAUAUCAACUAAAAUUUACAUAUAUAAUAUUAAUAUAGAUAUUGAACUCAUCUUGACUUAUAAAAUAUAUACUUUACUUUAUAUAUACGGAUAUAUUAUAAAUAAUAUUAUAUAUAACAAGUUGUUAGCUCAUAUUUUCUCGACUAAAAAAAGGAAAAACCACAAAAAAACCAAAAAAAAAACAUAAACAUAUCAAAGGCGCCUCUGCAAAAAUAACAUUUCAUUGAUAAACCACCAAAUCCAACAGCACACAACUGCACCACAUACGCAACCACACACCAACAACAACAACAACACUCACCCACCAAAAACCAAAGAUACACAAAAAAAUAAAUAAAAAGAAAUACAACAAAUUGUUGCCCAAUUUUGCGGCGUUUUUACCAAAAAAAAAAAAAUACUCAAAAAUCGAAACCAAAAUAGUCAAAAAUUUAGCGUUAUAAUAAUAAUAUUUCACUUUUUGGGCUAAGACUUAAUUAAUUAAUUAACAUAAGCAAUUCUCUACUUCCAAAAUAAUAAAUUCAAAUACACAUGCAUAUUUCUUAUUAAUUUAACAAAACAAUAACAAAAUAACAAAAGUAUUUUAUGCUCCAAAAACAGCAUCAAUUGAAUUACCCAAACAAAAUUUAAUGUACAAUUUUUAUCCCAAAAAUAAAACAGCAAACGAAAACGAAAACGAAAUUGAAAUCGAAAUACAUAUGAAAAUAAAUACUAUAAUAAAAUGCUAUAAAGGUAUACGAAUUUGUUUCUGUGUGUGUCUGUGUGUUUUUAAUUAGCCAAAAGGCUUUGCUGGCCCCGCUGCUAAUUGCGGGAAUAAUCCUGGGCUCAACGGCGAUGACGACGAACCGUUCA